GGUGCGGGUGCCCCUGCUCACAGUGACACACCAGCAGAGUGGUCAGUGCAGUGGGCCUUUCAGUACCUGUGUCACUUCCAUUUGACCACGUCCGUGCGUAUGUACAGCAGCACUCAAGGAUGCACACAAGUCUAGACAUCUAUCUAUCUACGUAUCCAGGCCGGCCAUCACAUCAUGCAUGCAAUGCAUUCUGUCCCCCCACCAGAGAAGUGACACUCACUAGCCAUCCAUCCAUCGAUCCAUCCAUCUAUCCAUCCAUCCAUCGAUCCAUCCAUCACCCAAUUAAGGAAGAAUGCGGGUGUGGUGUGUCGAUGUCACCAGAUCGAUGUGCAUGUGUCUAUGUACAGUCACAGCGGCAGUAGAUCGUCGCCGAGCUCGUCAUCACCCCAGUCGUCCUGCAACACAACACUCACACACUCAUUUGUCGCCCACCCACACCCGCCUCCCCAUCGAUGGAUGCAUCCAUAGCGCGUGGGUGCAUGCUUACGUCCUCAGCUCUAUUGCUCGCCUGCAGCCGCCGCCCACCUGGCCUGCACACACACAACCAAACAUAUGGCGGCGUGUUUGUGUGUGUACACAUGUCUGCCGAGUGUGGGGUGCUAUGUUACCUGUCCUGUGGCACGGGCCCCUCUUCCUCGUAUAGGGGUCGGGGAUCGACGCCCUGCUGACCUGACACUGAUUGAUGCCACACACGAACAAAGCCAGCCCGGUGGACAAAUGCACAGGGGGCACGGUCUGUGUGUUUCGUAUGGUGCUCGUCUCGUUCACUACUUGUGGAUUCCUCCCGGCCGUAGGCGACCCCACGCUGCGAGCACCCACGCAACAGCACACAAACCGUGUCAAAAAGGGCACCCGCCUCUUGUUCUCACUGUUCGCACUGACCUCAGUGCUAUCUCGAAGCGAGCUGGGCACACACACACACACACGCACGGACACACACCAAGUGUGUGUAUGCACAUCCACGUGUGUGCUGUCCUGUGCCGAUGACCCACCUGUCAGUGUGUCUGGAGAGUGGUGCAGGGGCAGGCUCUGCGUGUGUGGGUGGUGCCGCUGCGGUGCCUCCCUCCUGCUGCAUGCGCUCCAGCUUCCUCAGUUUGACAGCAUACUCCUCGUGGUCCAGACCCAAGUCGCGCAGCAACGUUAGCAGGUACCGCAAACCUGACAGACACAUACAGUACAUAAACAAACAAAAAGAUUACAAAAAGCUGGCGAUGCGAUGCGAUAUAUGCCGUGGGUGUGGCUGCGUACAUUCGAUGUCGUCUGGGCUCUCCCUGUGAAUGUCCUCGUAGAUCUUCAGAGCCUGCUCAUUGUGACCUGACCCACGUGGCCACACACAAAGAAAGAAUGACGGUGGAAGUGAGUGAGAUCCAUCCGUCUUUGCUCACCCAUUCGUCUGUAGCACGAUGCGACCAUGAGCCUCCACCGCGAGUUGCCGCCCUCUAUCUGGGCAGCUCGCUCGAAGAACUGAAUGGCGUUCUCGUACGCCUGAUGGAUGUGUGUGGGUGUGCGGUGGGUGGAGGGAUAGACGGGCGCAGAUGAGAGAAGGUAGACAGACAGGGAUGCACGCCCACCCACCCCCCCUGUUUGCCACCCACCUCCUGUUUGACGAAGUGCACGCCCAGAUACGCGAUGACGUCCAGAUUGGUGGGCCAGUACCUAACACACACACACACACACACACGGAUGGAUGGAUGGAUAGAAAGACACACCCCCAAUGCACUCAUUGCAAUGCAUGGAACACCCUGAGCACCACACCACGGCCGCUUAGACACGCACCUGUAUGCCUCCAUGUAGUAGUGAUACGCCUGUGCCUCGUCGUCCAUCUGAACAUACACACACACACCCGUCAGUCAGUCAGUCCAUCCCAUCAUUCCGUCCUCAAGCCGGCACAGCACUUACGCUUGCGAAAAGCUGCCCCAGCCGUGCGAGUAUUUCUGGGUCUGUGGGUCGUGUCUUGGGCGACACCAGCAGGGAGAACCACUCGACAGCCUUGCUAGGAUGACCGAUGCGGUGACACAGAUCGCCUGCAGUGCAGCAGACAGACAGACAGCGAGAAAUGGCUGGCGGCUCCAUGCAUGGCCAUGCUGUGUGUCGGUACCGUGGUGGGGUGUGUGUCAGUGUAUGUCAGUGUACCGAGCUGGUAGAGUACGUCUGGGUGCUUGGGGAGGAUCGAGUUGAGCUUCUCGAAGGCCUGCAGUGCCUCGUGGUACCGCUCGAUGCUCUUGUUGACCAAACCUGACAACAUACAUCACACAAAUCCACACACGGACAGCAGUCCAUCUGUUCUGUGUGUGUGUGUGUGUACCAAGGUUGUAGAUGGCCUCAACGCAGUCCGCCUCGACGCCGAUUGCCUCUAGGAAGAGCUCCUUGGCCCUCUCGUACUCCUCGCACAGAAACAAACAGUUGCCCUUAUUCACCUUACACACGAGUACACACACACACACGCAUACACACACUAUAUGUGUCUGUCUGCACAUAUCAGUAUCUGUCUGUCUGCAGAUAUACCAGUGCCCGCGCAUUGUAGCGGUUGGCCUUGACCUGUGUUCGGUGGGAGGGAGGGAGGGGGAAGCAAACAGACAGGCACACACAUGACGAGCGGGCAUCAGGCAUCGAGCAAACGCGUUUGGUGCCCUGACGCACCGCGAGGUCAGCGUAUUUCUCGGCCUGGUUGUAGUCGCUCUCGAGGAAGUAGAUGAACGACAGGUUGGUCGCCGUGCGGGCCAUCAAACUGGGGUCCUACUCACACACACACACACACACACACAGAGAGACAUAGGGACAUGUCCGCAGGCAGACAAAUGUGAGUGGAGCCGGCUAGCUGGCUCAGCUGACUGAGCUGACCUUUUUCUCGAAGGCCUUGAGCGCAUCGAUGGCCUGAUCAAACUCCUUGCGACGCAGAAAAUACGACGCCUAACCACCCAAGAACACAACACACACACGCAUACGGAGCAGCUGUCGUGUGUGCAGUGCAGUGCCUGCCAGGUGUGGCCACACUCACUCACUCACUCACUCCACCGACUGACCUUUGCUAUCUCCAUUUCGGAUGCGAUGCCGGGGAAUCCCUGUGCCUUGAGGACCUCACACACCCAAUCGAAGCCCAGCGGGGGCCGCUCUAUCUCUGAAGGCAGGCAGGUGCAGACAGACGCAAACACGCAGCUGGCUGGUGAGGGAGAGAGAGACCCGUGCAGUGCCGUGCCGUGCUGUGCUGGCUGCGGCCGUGGGUGAGGGGGUUACGUGGCGCGGUGAGCUUGGCUGCAUUUGCGAUGUACUUGAAGGCCUGGUGGGUGGAUGGAUGGAUGGAGAUGGAUCCAGACAAUGCAUGUGCCCGUGCGUGUGCUGUGUACACGUGUGUGUGCAUUUCUUUCCUGACUGACCUCCCUUUUCCUCUUUUUGAUUUCCUCCUUGAGCGGGUCGUCGCUCGGCACGUGAUCUGACGCACACACGCAGGGCAGGCACACCGAUGGACCAACGGGCCAACAUAUAUAUUGUGUGCGUGUGGAUGCAGGGCCCUAGCACGUCUCACCUUCUCUGCCGGCGUCAUUGAGGUCCUCCAGGUCCUCUUCAUCCUCCUCCUUGGCAAUCAAGAUGUGCAGACACACACCAUAUGGCCACAGGCACAUGAGGAAAUCCAGACAGACAGACAGACAGGCAGGCAGGCAGACAGACUCACCUCGAGGCCCUCCUGCUGGAUCGACAGCAGCCUGGUGAACCCUGACCACACACCACACGACGACGGCAUGUCCGCUGGGCGCGGCGCGUGCGGUGCGCACCGCAUGCAGCGCACCUUGUUUCAGCUUGUCCUUGUCUCCGAGUGCAAAGUAGCACAGCAACAAGUUGAAACCUGUGUGUAUCGUAUCGACCAAACCAAACCAAAGCGGAGGAAAUGGUUGCGUGUCGUCUGUGUUGUGUUGUGGGAUUGUUUGCUCGCAUCGCAUACACACGUAGGAUACGCACCGACCGGUUUGGAAGUCUGGGUUGCCCUGCAUGAUGUUCUCGUACGCGUCGAUGGCGUCGCUGAACUGACCCAUACGGAAAAAGGCGUGGCCGAUGUUACGCAGAAUCUUGUACCUGCACACACAUACACAUACACGCACACCAGAUGGCUGGCUGGCGGGUGUGUGUGGUGCGUGGUGUCUGGUGUGAGCGCACCCACCGGAUUUCUUUGCCGGUGUUUGGGAUCUGGUCGAGUGCCAUUCUGUACAUUUUGAUGGCCGUGGGGUACUUCUGCUGGGCGUAGUAGAUGUUGCCCAUGUUGACGCGCAAACGACCUGCACACACACAGACAGACAGAGAGAGAGAGAGAGAGAUCCACUCACGUGUGUGUUGGGUCUGGUCCGUGCACCGGGCGGCCUGCUGACUGACUGACUGACCGCUUUGUGGGUACUGUUUAUUCUUGACAAUGUUGGUGUAGGUGGUGAGUGCGUCGGGGUACUGCCCACAGGCCUGCUGCUGAUUGGCCAAGUUAAACAGCACCUGUGGGUGGCAUGCAUCACACCACACCACACACAGAGGGAGGGGAGUGGGCAAGCAAGUACAUGUGCUGUGUGUGCCGUUCGUUGUCUGUGCGACCUACCUACCGAGUAUGUGAGGUCGACGUUGAUUUGGUCCGCCAGGUUGUGCGCCUCCCGCUGCCGACACAAGUGACGCUCCUUCUUGACUGUCACACCCCAUCAUAUAUUCCACACACACCACACAUGGACAGACACCCCAUUUAUUCCAACCACCCACCCACUGUGUGUCGUUUCGUGAACGGAGUGCGACUGGCUCACCGGCGUCUUUGGCCUUCUGCAGGGCGUCUGUGAGUCGACCCUGCUGGUUGAGCAUGGCGCUCUCCUCGACCAGUGUGUGGCAGUCGUUCUCCAGCUGCCGGAACCGCUCCUCAGCCGUGGGCUCCUUCUUGGCCUCCAACACACCACCCCUCACUGAUAGCACCAUCACAUGACACACACUACAACAUACAUCAGCCAUUCUCAUCUAUCUCUUCGCUCACACUCAGACGUUCGUACUUACAUUUUUCCUGCACAGUUGCGAGUUGCAUCCCCCCCUGUGCCUGCGUCUUGGGCCGCACACCGCUGGCGGAGUAGCCGGCGGCCCUGUUGCUGGUCAUGGGCCUGGCGGUGCCCUCCGGCUGCUGGUAGGCAGAGGCCGUGCCGAUACGCAUGGCGGUUCCCAGAGGACGGCCGGUGGUCCGCAUGUAGCUAGAGGGGGGAGGCUGACUCUGAUCAAUCCGACCGGUUCAUCCACACACACACACACACACAGACAUACACACAGACUUCUUGCUUGUGAAAGGCCUUUUCUUUCCCGCGUGUGAUCUUCUAUCUGGGUGCGGUGCAUGAGGUUCGGCUACCCACCCACCUGUACGUGUUGGAAGUCAUAUUCCUCCUGCUGCUUGGCUGCGGUGUCUGCUGGGCCGGGGCUGCCGAAGCCCCGAGCCGCAGAGGAAGAUGCCGUCGUGCUGCUGAACAUGGAUCUAACGCAGAUCUACACCUACCAACUUUCG